CGAGCGGGCGAAAUUCUCCGCCUUGGGACGUACAGCGUGAACGAAGACGCUUCUCGCGCACGCGACAAGCUCCUAGACUGGCAGGUCUGUAGAUCCCCGCCCGGAAUUCGUUCCGCGGUUAGCUACCAGCUCCCAUGACUAGCUUGUCGGGCUGAACUUCAUCAGCGAUCCUCGUGAGCGCCUGCUGGUAUAGCUAUAAAGACCUGAGGAUGAGCACAGCGACCACCCACCACCAACCCACCGGCCACAGCUUUCCUCCAGCAUGAUCAUCAACGCCUUGCUCGCUGUCGUCGUACUGUCGCUCAUUCGCGUAGCCUGGGAGCUCCUCCGCCGCUUCAUCUUCAGCAGCCCGCUGGAUAACAUCCCUGCGCCGCCAUCGCCGUCGUUCUUCACAGGUGCGUGUGUGCUAGUCGUGCGUUUUCGACCUCGAGCUAACGCCAUCGCGCCAUAUUUCCCAGAUGGCUCCGUCAUUCGUCUGAGGGGCCUUCUCGGAGAGAGGCAGCUCUAUGUGAGCGAUCCGAAGGCGCUGCACAAUAUUGUGGUCAAGGACCAGCACAUUUUCGAGGAGCAUCCACAGUUUCUAUGCUCUAACAGCAUCAUAUUCGGGCAAGGGCUUCUGACGACCAUAGGCGAUCAUCACAAGAAGCAGCGCAAACUCAUGAACCCGGUCUUUUCCACCGCGCACAUGCGUAACAUGAUUCCACUCUUCCAGGACGUCGUUUCUGCUCUUCGAGCGACUCUGGAGAAACAAACAGAAAAGGGCGCCAAGGAAAUCGACAUGCUUCACUGGACCAGCCGGACUGCCCUAGAGCUCAUCGGACGCACCGGUCUCGGCUACUCGUUCGACACACCCGCGGCCGACGCCGUCGCGCACCCGUAUGCAGCAACCCUGAAGGAGCUGGUCCCUGCCGUGUUCCGCAUGUUCCUCUUCCGCGUCUAUGUCAUCCCCAAGGUCUACAACAUCGGUCCUGCCUGGUUCCGCCGCGCGGUCGUCAACAUGAUCCCCUUACGCGACGUGCGCAUCAUACGCGAUGGCAUCGACUUGAUGUGGCGGACCUCGAAUGAGAUUUAUGCGCAGAAGAAGGCCGCGCUGGCGGCUGGAGACGAUGCGGUGGCGAAGCAGGUUGGCAAUGAGCGCGAUAUCUUGAGUCUUCUCAUGCGAGCGAACAUGAAAGCGGAGGACCCUCUCGAUGAGUAUGAAUUGCUCAGUCAGAUGUCCACCCUGAUCUUCGCCGCCAUGGAUACGACAAGCUCAGCGCUCGUGCGCAUCAUGCAACUCCUCGCCGAGCACCCUGAGGUACAAGAGCGUCUUCGGGAUGAGAUACGCGCGGUGAAGAAGGAGCAUCCAACCUUGACGUACGACGACCCCGAGGCUAUGCAAUAUCUUGACGCGGUUUGCCGGGAAACCCUUCGCAUGUAUCCUCCGAUCCCGCAGCUGACGCGCAUGACAGGCGAGGACGUCGUGAUGCCCCUCGGUACGCCCGUAACAGGCCUGGACGGACGAUCAUUGUCCGAGGUUUUCGUACCCAAGGGCACACCCAUCAUCAUAUCCGUCAUCAACACCAAUCGUAGCACCAGGAUAUGGGGCGCGGACGCGAAGGAGUGGAAGCCCGAGCGCUGGCUUGCGCCGUUGCCUGAGGCAGUCGCGGACGCUCAUGUGCCGGUAGGCAUCUACAGCAACCUCAUGACCUUCCUCGGAGGUGGUCGAUCCUGCAUCGGCUUCAAGUUUUCUCAGCUUGAGAUGAAGGUCGUCCUGACUGAACUAGUGGACGCCUUCCAAUUCUCGCCGAGCAAGCAAAGCGUACAGUGGCGGAUGAGCAACAUCGUCUCCGCCUACGUCGAGAGUGAACCCGAGAAGACCCAACUUCCUAUCAUGGUGUCCAGGGCGCCUUGA